AUGGAAAUUGAGUUUGGACAUAAAUUUCGUGCAAGGCAUUUUCCUGCCAUCAACAGAAAUGGCUUCACUUCCGUUAAUCAUGGCUCCUAUGGAAUGGUGCCCCAGGUUUUGAUUGAAAAGCUCAAUGAACUCACCAAUCAGUUUUAUUCGGGGCCCGAUGCAUACAUCGAUGAAUAUAAUGUAGACAACUACAGAAAUGCCCUCGUUUUGAUGGGACAACUAUUGGACUGUCCAUCCACGAACUUGACAUUUGCAACUGGUGACUCUGUGGCUGUCAAUACCGUUUUAAGGUCUUUUCCUUUCGAGAAAGGUGACGUUUUCGUUAUCCCAAAUACAACAUACAUUAAUUGCAAAAAGACUUUUGAAUUUUUGGAAGACAGCAUUGGAAUUGAGGUCGUCGUGCUUGACUUUGACCUACCUGUUACUCAUGAUACAAUCAUUACUGAAUUUGAGAAGGUGUUCAAGACCAGAAGGGUAAAAAUGGCAUUUUUUGACACAGUCUCUUCUAUUCCAUCUGUAAAAUUUCCAUUUAGAGAGCUAACUAGCUUGUGCAAAGAGUAUGGCGUCUUGUCUUUUGUCGAUGGCGCCCACGGAAUUGGCUUGUUCCCAAUUCGCUUCCAAGAAAUGCAAUUCGAACCCGACUUUUUCAGCAGUAAUCUCCACAAAUGGCUUCACUUUCCGUAUAGCUAUACGGUGUUGUACGCGGAUCAGAAGCACCACAAAUACGUGCAAACCUUUCCAAUCUCUGACACCUACAAGAAUCCCGAAACGGUCGAGGAGUAUGAAAGAUACUUUAAUGACAAGUUUGAGUCCCAAACAAGAGCCAGCUACCAGAAACUUGCUUUGAUCGCUGACGCAAUUGAGUUUAGAAAUGUAGCUUGUGGUGGAGAGGAUCAGAUAUACAAUUAUUGUACCAACUUGUCGAAAUCCAUUAAAAAAAUGGUGAAAGAGCGCUGGCCUGGUGUCAAAGUCAUCUCAAACGAAAAUGAUGAUCAUCUUGACUCUGCCAUGACCUCAUUUUAUGUUCCGCACGAGGUGUCUUCAGUUUUUGCUGAGAUGCAACAAACCCAAAGAGCCAGCCAUGUCGGUAAGAUUGCAAAAACACUUGUUAGAAAGCACAAAACUUUCAUGCCCUUGUUUUUCUUCAAGGACAGGUUCUCUUUCAGACUUUCGGCACAAAUCUACAACGAACUCAGUGACUACGAGUACGCUGUCGAUUCUCUUAAAUCUGCUGUUGAAGAGCUUUUCAACAGCGAAGAGAACCUUCCAAAUUUUGAUGAAUUGAAGAUUGAAAGUUAG